AUGGAACUCACUGCCAUAGCUAUUAGUGUUCCUGUUUCUUUCAUGUAUGUUGCUUCUGGCCUCAUCAUAAAUCUUAUUCAAGCAGCUUUGUUUCUCACAAUUAGGCCUUUGUCAAAGAAUACAUACAGAAGAAUCAAUGGAGCAAUUUCUGAAAUUUUAUGGUUGGUAAUUGUUUGGAUAUUGGAGUGGUGGGCAGGCCUUGAGGUUAAAUUGUAUACAGAUUUGAAAACUUAUCUGUUGAUGGGUAAAGAGCAUGCUCUAGUAAUGCCUAAUCACUUGAGUGAUCUUGAUACUUUCUUUAUGUGGAUUUUAGCUCAGCGCUCAGGUUGCCUUCGUAGUGCACUCACGGUGUUAAAAAAAUCGUCAAAAUAUCUUCCGAUUUUUGGGUGGGCAACUUGGUUUUCUGAGUUUGUUUUCGUAGACAGAAGUUGGGCCAAAGAUGAAAAGAAAUUGAAGGAAAGUUUUCAAGCAUUAAAGGAUUUUCCGACACCGUUUUGGCUGACUAUUUUCACUGAAGGAACUCGAUUGACGCCAGAUAAGCUAUUACAAUCUCAAGAAUUUGCUCUUUCUAAAGGAUUAAAUAUUCCAAAAAAUGUCUUGAUUCCUCGAAAAAAGGGUUUUGUUGCGGCAAUUGAAAAUUUACGCUCAUUUGUUCCUGCAAUUUAUGAUGUUACCAUUGCUAUACCAAAAAGUUAUCCAACUCCUUCAUUGUUUAGAAUUUUGAAGAGGGAAUCAACUCCUAUUACUAUUCAUAUAAAGCGAUAUUCGAUGAAACAAAUGCCAGAAUCAACUGAGGAAAUUGCACAAUGGUGUAUAGAUCGAUUUUCAGCCAAGGAUGCUAUGCUGGAGAAAUUUCAUGCCACAGGCACAUUGGUAGAUGAAGAAUUCAAAGAAUUUUCCCGUCGAUCACUAAAACCCCUUAUCACUGUUAUGAUUUUGGCUUUAAUCUUCAGCACCGGAGGUUUAAUAUUAUUAGCGAAGUAUUCUUUGCUAUCAUCAUGGAGAGGAAUCGGGAUUUUAGCAUUUGGGCUGGUCAUUAUGGCUCUUUCCAUGCACAUUUUAAUUGAAUACACAAAGUUUCCUCCACAGAAGAAACCACAAUUAUAA